AUGGUACUGAAAAUGGGUUACCAUUUGGAAACCUAUCUGUUCAAUCCCCCGUUUGCGUCGCUGCCGAGACAUUUCAUCAAGAGCGAGAAGCUCCGGGGAGGGCUUCAUUUUGCCCACACCGUCGUCAAAGCCGGAGUGGCCGUCGGGAUGAGUGCUGUCGUGAAGAACAUGAAAAUUGCCGAAGACAAAGAAGAGUUCAGUGUACUGUCCCCAUGGAUUCCAUACUUGUUCAUCAACCCGUUGGAUACGAUUUGCGCUGGAUAUCUGGAACAUUUCCGGCAAAGUGAAAAGAAAGCGGCGGGUGGGGCCGGAGAAAUUGCGCGGUUUGCGGAGCGGAAUUCAGUAAGGAGCAUGGUUUCGAAUGCGUGGGGGAAGGAUUCUAAGCCGUCACACCUCAUUCCUUCUGCUUAUGUGAUCUUAGAUUUGAACCGUUCGCCGGAUUUAAUGGUGGCACACAAGCUCAGACAGUGGUGGCGGCCGGAUUUGAAGCUUGAUUACAAGCUAUAUCAGUUAGAUAACAAGUGA